CGGUAUGUGCGAGAGGGGAGGCCACAUAACCCGACGUGUGACAUUCAAGGGCCGAGAGGUGAAUAAAGACCUCGUUGACAGGGACCUCCGGUGCUCUGUUUGAUCCUCCCCGAAGUGGUUCCCGUCUCCUUCGCUGCGACCCAGCAAGAUGCCCCCCAAGAAGCCUGAACCCAAGAAAGCGGAGCCCAAGAAAGAGGAGGCCAAGCCGGCCGCCAAGCCAGCUCCCCCACCCGAGCCGGAGGCCCCCAAAGAAGUUGAAUUUAACCCAGCUAACAUCAAGCUUGAAUUCAACAACGAGCAGAUCCAAGAUUUUAGGGAGGUUUUCCAGGUCUUCGACAGAACUCCAAAGAACGAGAUGAAGAUCACCUAUGCUCAGUGCGGCGACGUCUUGAGGGCGUGCGGUCAGAACCCAACCCAGGCGGAAGUUUUGAGGGUUCUUGGCCGGCCGAAACCAGAAGGCAGUGACGGGAUGGCGGUCAAAGCAGAACAGCGCCAGGGCCCGGAAGACCCAGCUAGGCCUGGGGAGCCUUUGUUCCAAGGGGAACCGCCAGCAUCUGCCCCUCCGGGUGGAAGCUCACGCGGGUCUGUGGAUGUUCGGGCGCGGAAGAAGAGCCUGAAGGUGCACCAGCGGAGCCACCACGGGCAGGAGCGCCCGUACGAGUGCGCGGAGUGCCGCAAGAGCUUCAACUGCCACUCGGGGCUGGUGCGGCACCAGAUGACCCACCGGGCGAAGCCGCCCUAUUGCGCGAGGCGGCAGUUAAGCAGCCGCAAGGAGCACCCGUAG